AUAGAGCGGCGGAGUGGUUUGACUGGCAGUCGAGGUUGCAGCAGGCAGAGGGAGACGGUGGAAGGUAAAGCAGGGAGGCAGCAUCAUGGCGGACAGAGACAGUGGCAGUGACCACGGAGGGCCCACCGCAGGCCCCGGCUCGCUGCCCCCGGGUGCGAUGGGUGCCAUGUCCCGGCUGCAGCACGACACCGAGGAGCUUGCUUCGAAGCGCGUCGACAUCCAGAACAAGCGCUUCUACCUUGACGUGAAGCAGAAUGUUAAAGGCCGCUUCCUAAAGAUAGCCGAGGUCGGGGCUGGGGGAAACAAGAGCCGCCUCACUCUCUCCAUGUCGGUUGCUGUGGAGUUCCGCGAUUAUCUCGGGGACUUUAUCGAACAUUACGCCCAGCUGGGCCCGUCCAACCCGGACAUAGUGCAGGAUGAGCCCCGGCGGGCGCUCAAGAGCGAAUUCCUGGUGCGGGAGAAUCGGAAAUAUUACAUGGAUCUGAAAGAGAACCAGAGGGGGCGGUUCCUAAGGAUCCGACAGACCGUUAAUCGGGGGCCCGGAUUGGGAAGCGCGCAAGGCCAGACCAUCGCUCUGCCGGCGCAGGGUCUCAUCGAGUUCCGCGACGCUUUGGCCAAACUCAUCGACGACUACGGCGUGGACGAGGAGCCGGCGGAGCUCCCGGAGGGCACCUCGCUCACGGUCGACAACAAGCGCUUCUUCUUUGACGUGGGCUCCAAUAAGUACGGGGUCUUCAUGCGGGUCAGCGAGGUGAAGCCCACGUACCGGAACUCCAUUACGGUUCCGUGCAAAGUGUGGUCCAAAUUCGGCAACACCUUCUGUAAAUACGCGGAGGAGAUGAGGAAGAUCCAGGAGAGGAGUAGAGAGAAACGGGCCUCCGAACUGCUACCUGAGGGCCCACACGGCGGCGAUGACGGCGACGAUGACUGACGCGGAUAUUAGGAGAGCAGAAAUAAAACAACAAAGACUAAACUGAACUCUGAGAGAAAAAGGAGACUUUGAACUGUACAAUAGAAAGAGAAUUUCCAAGGGAAUCACCCCACACACACAACCUCCACAGACAUGGCAGCACCUCUGCUGUCUCCUCCGCUCAUUUUACUGGAUGUCACCCCACUUACCACCCAUGUAACAGUAAGCCGCUGCUAUCAAGGAUUGAACUGUAAGAUAUGAACUUUUCCUACUUGAUUUAAAUGAACAUGAGUGUUUAUAUCUCUAUCAAACGACAGAUUUUGCACACAUCAAAGCUAUUUCGAAAAAAAAAUGUUUAAAUGUUUUCAAACUGGUAAUAGCUAUACUAAGAUUUAAUCAAAACCAGAGGUCUAUUAUAUAAAACGACGGUCUUCAUGUAGAACAAAUAUUUGACAUCAGCACAAAGAGUAUAUUAUGGACUUUACAAAACCAAAAUCAGAUACCAGAUGUAUAGUUUAUUUUAAAGGUACGCAGAAUAAAUAUGAAAGCGCUCUAAAAGUGUAUGAAUUGCAGAACGCAGCACUACAGGCCUGUAAACACCUGACAGCAUGUGUGUAGGCUCAUGUUUUGAAAAGAAGUUUGGCAAAGUAGGCUAUAGUCUUUAAUUUGACCUAAAACCUAGUAGGCUAAUGAAAGCAUUUCUAUCAUGCCAUUAUGGAAAGGUUGAGACUCAAAGAUAAAUAGCCUAUUUUGUGCACCUAAAACAAAUGGGAUAAAUCUAUCUCUGAGCUACUAUAUUAAAUAUCAACCCUCCUGCACCAUGUCCAUAUAAACUUAAAUGAAAAAAAGUGCUAACUUAGAUGUACUAAUUAUGAUUUUGUGAAUCAGUUGUAAAAAAACAACAAAAAAAUCCUUAUUAAGAUGCCCACGUUUUCUGUGGGUUAAGUUUUUUCUUGUGACUUUGUUGUUUUUUCCUCUGGGGAGGGGGGGGAUGCAAAAGAAUAAGGUCCACUUGUGGGAGCGCAAGGCGCGGAAAAAAAGAAAAGACGCGUCAGCGCGGCGAUGCAACGCAUCCUCUCUGACGUCAUUACGACCCGUGCCUUAUACACUCCACUCGUUUACGUGUUCUCACGUGGAUGGUCUGUGACCUCGACCGCUGUGCGUUUUCAUUUACGAGUGUUGUUAUGUAGGCCGAAAUAUAUACUUGCCAGGGCUGCGUUAAUUCACACCCCUGUGGUGCAUGGAGCAUGGGUGGCAACACCAAAAGUAAGCUGCUGGGAGCUCGGGGACCAACAGUGAUAGUGGACAGAAAACAGAGCUGGCCCUUUCAGAAAGAUGAGAAGCCGUCGUCGUCGUACAUACACUUUAAAAUCAGCGGGGGGGGAGGGGGGCACUCUGGAGCCCAGAAUCCCUAGCAGCACCCCUGCCUUGGUGGCCUCUCACAGAGUAGAGAUGGUUCUCCCUGGAACAGGACAACGACCCAGGAUGUACCACUGGGUGUCAGCGUGGAGAUUGUUGGAGUUGUUACGGGUGGUUUUGCACACCAUAUGCACCAUGUUAAAAAAAAAGAAUAAAAAAAAAGAAGAACAGCGGCAACAAAAAUAAGGAAAUCAGGAGUGGCUGGAUGAGGCUAUUUGUCAGAGCUGAGGUGGAUGCGGUUAAAGAGCCAGGCAGUCAGCCAGCCAGCCAGCCAGGCAGGCCAGCCGGCCGUGCCAUGCAGCCAGUCUGAGCGCAGUCCCGUGGAUGUAGAGGCCUAUCAGUGCAGAGGGCCGAGGGUGUAUCUAUCUCUUUAUGGUGCUACAGCCCCUUGAUCGCUUCUUUGGGGCCUCGCCACUCAGAAUAUGUCACUUUGCAUUAUUCUUCUUCUGAUGCUUUUUUUUUUCUCUUUCUUCUUUGUCCCUUCAAAGUUCUUUUCUCGACAUUAUGUUGUCCAAAACGUGUCAGGUUUCUCCCUCACAGGCAGAGAGGACGCCACUGACUAGUGUAGGACAUUUCAUAUUAGUGUGCAAUAUUGUGUGCGUGCCAAUCGCGGCAUUGUAUCACGUGUAUAGACCUAUUAAAAGACGAAAAAAUGUAUAGGCUAUGUGAUCAGUAGAUAUUCAAAAGCAUGACGAUGAGGUUGAUGCAUCUGCAUUAAAUUUCCGAAAUGUGAAGUCUUUCUUUUCAAGCACUUGCUCAAAGUGGGAAAAAAAAGUCAGACUAGUAGUGAGAUAUUUUUCCUGUCAUGUUCUGUAAAGACGUAGGCUGCCUUGUCCGUCUUAUCAGUGCGCGUAGACUAGCUUGGGUGUUUUACGUCCCCCUAUGGAGUCACCCCAGAGAAAAACCCUUUUCCUCUAUGUUCCUCCCCCAACACGCACACACACACACACACAACACAGACAGUCAACAACCUCUAACUGUUAGCCUCUCUGCAGUGGCCUAGACUGUUGAAAGUUGAAUAGUAUCUUGGGGCUCGGGUCUAGGGGUAGCUGACACACACACACACACACACACACACACAUACACUCUCUCUCCCCGUUGAGGCCUCUUGUCGCUAUCUGAGUGUUUGGGAGGCCUCAAAAGUAUUUGGAAUGGUGUCUAGAACAGCACAAGGCCUACUGUCACCAGUAGCCAGGAAACUGUGUGUUUGGAGCCCGAGUGCGACUGCUCUUUCUCGCCUGGGAGUGCCGACCGCAGGACAGGUGAACUACGAUUUUUGCUUGUCUGCGGUUUCACUCGAGCUCGGCAACAGUGAUCGGCUGCAACUGACCCAAAGGACAGAGGAACUUGUUGUUGUUUUUACAAUGAGGAUCACAAUCCUUCUCUCUUAUGUGGGCAGACUCUGAUCUCAGGUCUGCUCCUCUUUCCCAGCUCAUGAUUCAAAGCGUAAAGAAAGGCCCUGGCUCAUUGUAUUUGCAGUUAAACUAGUCCCGAUGCUUAAUUACGCUCCGUCACACACACAGGCCAUUCCUUCUUUUCAAACCCAAUCGACUUUUAAGCUUACACUGAAAUGCUAGUUAACUAUCGAUGUGCUCCAAGUGGUUAGUUCACCUAUCAGCUUUAUUUAAAACAGGUUGGCCUGCAACUGAGCAAGUGGUGUGCUGCCUAGGUGACAUGAAGGGGAAACACAGACUGCAUGGAUUGCAGGCUCAGCUGGAUAAAAGCUGCUAAUGCAGUUACAGACUGGGCCUGCCAGACAUGUGGGAAAGCUGAGGCUAGACUGAAGCAGAAUUCCCCAAAGCACACCUGGGCUGAAACAGUAUCAGAAGUCAUGUAGAAUCUUCCUUGGUUUAAAAAAAAAAAAGAAGAGCUGAUCUGUGUUUGAUUGGGCAUGGUCGCUGCAAUAGAGCCCAGAAAAAUGUUCCAGAAAAAGCCAUCUGUUUCCACGCAGGACGUUUUGGCCUAGGUUUGUCUCUGAGUGCUGGUGAAAGGCCUGAUGAAGCCUGGCACUGCACUGUAGGGGCUUAGCAGCAGCAGCAGCAGCAGCCUGCCCUGACCUACUGACCGGACAGAUCCUGUUAGGACUUUUCUCUCCGUUUUUGGAGAAGAACAGGAAGUCUCUUUCCCCUCUUGCAGUGAUGACUACAUUUCUACGUGCUGCCCAUUGAAUUAUAAAGAAAGCCAUAUCCAUUUCUAACACGCAUACAAGCCACCUUGGAGUAUGUGCCCACCAACGAACAUGUGAGGUCAACCCGAGUUCAACAUGAUUCUGGACUCUCUGUUGUGACACAGCACUUAUUCCCCAAAGUGUUCUAGCUUUAGCUUGAUUCAAUUUAGGCCUCCAGGAGGCUCCUGCUACAUGAAGACUGGAAAUACAACACUCUCUUUCUCUAAUGGCCAAAUAUAUGGAGAGCCUAAACCUGCUGAUAAAGUUCACUUUGUGAAUGCCUCACUCUGUGAAACGCACAUGUUUCUUUAAAGAUUAAAAAUCGUUUUGUCAUCGCCAGGUGCUACUGGGUCGGUUGUGCUUUUAGAGCAGAACGAUUCUGUUGUGAAACACGACUUGUCCAUUUUGGGUCGCAGUUCUAUCUGAGUUAUAGAGAAAAAGAGGGGGGGACUUGUAAUGUUGCUGAACUCAGUGUGAUCAAAUCUGAUUUCUCCGUUUAUGAGAGCUCACCCAGUGGCACAGCAAAAUCCGUAGUGACCUAUCAGCCAUGUUGUGCCCACGUCAUCCACUUCUGGGACUCAAAUGCAAAAAGGGAGGCAGAUUUUUUUUGGGGGGGGGGGGAUUCUUGUGAAAAGCGUCAGUGGUCACGCUGUGUGCUUUCCUCGGUGGCUCUGGCUACGUUUAGUGCACAUGGGUGACGGCGCACUGAAGCUGCUUAGCAUUGACGAGAAUGAUGUUCUGAUUUAUUAUACAGCGGCAGCCAUCGUAGCAAUCCUUAAUCAUGAUGUAAUCCUGCCUUUCGUCUGUUAUUACUACACUGUUCAUUUUGUCAAAUUUUAGUCAGUAGAGUUUAUUUUUGUUGUUGCUCAAACAACAGGUGACCAGACCAUUCCUCACACAUUUCAACUGACGGAAAUAGAAGAAAAAAAAUGAAUCGUUAUUCAAAAGUGCAGCAGUAGCUACUUGUCGCAUGUACUCAAAGUCAGACUGCUAUGAUGGCUCCAGCUGUAGGCUCUUAUUCCUCCUGUCUUAAGCAGGGAGAUUAUUCACGUUUCUGACUGCAUUCAAACAGCCACAUGUACAUGACUAACUUCCACAAUUACUGACUUGAAGCUGACUUCCACACGGUGUUUCAGACAACCAAAUCUGCUCUGUUUCUGGUUUCAGUGUUGUAGUCUUUCAUUGGCCAUUCAGAGUUCCUGGUUGAUCACACAGCCAAUGGCAGACUCUGGUCAAAGCCGAGCACUAUAUGACUCACCACAAACCAGUGACAGAGGAGCUCAUUCAGCACGUCUUCUUUUUGCUCUUGCACCGAGUAGUAGGGUCCAUCGUGUUCGCAGACUGUACAGGCUACUAUUGUGUAUGGUUACAAAGACAUUCUUUCAAAUGUUUUGAAGAUGUUGGGAAAUGGAUCCUGGAUUGUAAGGGGUGGGGGUCAAUGCACAAUGAACAUAUCCCAUGUCACUGUUUGGUCUAAAUCCCUUUACCAUCCCCAUAUGAGAUAAUAUGUUGUAUCUUUCAAAAAUAUUUUAUCUGUGGCGUGUGUGUGUGUGUGUGUGUGUGUGUGUGUGUGUGUGUGUGUGUGUGUGUGUGUGUGUAUAUAUAUAUAUAUAUAUAUGGUUUGUUAUAUAUGAUGAUCCUCCUUUCAGAAAAAUAUAACAUGUAAACAGGAAAAACAUAUUGCUGUUUUUUUCCUUUGUAUUUUAUACUUACAGAAAGCAUUGAAUAAAAAUGGAUAAAUACUUGCACUUUAGAUAUAUUAAGAAAAAUAAAAAUCUGCAUAUUAUUUUUGAUAGGGAUCUCACAUUCAAAGAGUAUAAAUUACAGGCUUUGUGACUAUUGCUGGACAGAGAUGUAUUGAGUUCUACUUAUUGAAGUAUAUUUUGUCUGUGUGUCAGAAGGUUUACUAAAGUAAAUUGCAUGAUAAAGUAGUGCUACACCGAUAUUGUUUUUUUAGUUGGUAAAAAUGUCUGAAAACUGUGAUAACAACCCUCUUGUAUAAUGUUUAACCUCUCCUCACCCCUUCUAGAAUAUUUCUUAUUGAAAUAUGGCCUUUCCUGACUACAUGACGAUGGUGCUUACUUUGGCUUUGACAUCAAGCUUAUCCUAUACAUCUCAACAUCAUCAUAACUUGCGUCCUUAAACUUCAUUACUUUCUGUUAUGUACUCUCACUACCUUAUUAAAUUUCCGUUGAUGGCAAAAAAAGGUGUGCUGUUUUGUACGUUGCCGUUUGUUUUAAUGUUGGGGGAGCCUUGUUGUCUGAAAAAUGACUAAUUGCGCAAUAAAAAGUCAUUCCACA